GUUGUGAUUCACAACAGCGAAUUAUUGGCCGGUUGCGUUGACAAAAAGCUUCUUGGUGGAGGAAGUAAAUCCAGCAUUUUCUACAGUCUGUUACGGGAUUAUGGAAGUGAGGUGUGUGCUGAUGCUAUGUGGCGCCUAGGCCGCAUAGCUCUGUUUUAUCUUGCUCACCGCGGUUUCUCCAUUGGCAUUGGUGAAGUUAUGCCAAGUGAUCGCCUUAUAAAAGCCAAGACGAAACUUAUCGAUUCCGGGUUUGCCACUUGUGAUGAAUAUAUUAAACAGUACGCGACGAACACUCUCAAAUGUAAUCCAGGCUGUAGCAUGGAAGAUACACUCGAAUCGAAUCUCAGUCAAGAAUUGUCCAAGAUUCGGGACGAAGCUGGCGCUGCAUGUAAACGAGAGCUGCACCCAUCCAACUCUCCUUUGGUUAUGGCACAAUCUGGAUCCAAGGGCUCGUUUUUGAAUAUAUCCCAAAUGAUCGCAUGUGUCGGCCAACAGGUAAUUGGUGGGAAACGUGUUCCGGAUGUUGUCAACGGUCGCAGUUUAAUUCAUUUUCCACGUGGAUCUAGGACACCUGAGGCCAAAGGUUUCGUCGGAAACAGCUUUUAUUCUGGUCUUACUCCGUCCGAAUUUUUCUUCCAUGCAAUGAGCGGUCGUGAGGGUCUAACUGAUACAGCGGUUAAAACGGCGGAUACGGGCUACAUGCAACGCCGUUUGGUCAAGUUCUUGGAAGAUUUGGCCGUGGCAUAUGACAAUACAGUGCGCGAUAGUCGUGGUGAUAUAAUUCAGUUUCGUUACGGCUCAGACGGUCUCGAUCCUCUCGAAAUGGAAGUUGAAAAGUUCCCCAUAGACAUGACUCGAGAAUUGAAUAAUGUUCGAGAAAGCAUGCCCUGUCAUGAUGAAGAAUCUCUUACCUCGAACCAAGUCCAGGUAGCUGUGAACGCUGCCAUGAGUUUGGAGCCUUUCGCUAUUCUGGAUCCAACAUUGCACGCUGAAAUCAGAUCCUUCCUAGCAGCUAAAGUCUAUCCGCAACUGGACGCGUGGCAGCAGUUUGUUGCCAGGUGUCCUGACCCGACAACUCCAGCUCUACGGUCCGGUGGUGAACGUCUGACACGAGAACAGUUGCGUGUUUUCCUGACUCGAAUCAAAGAGAAAUACGAACGUGCUCAAAUUGAGCCGGGCACGGCUGUCGGUGCAUUGUGCGGACAAUCUGUCGGUGAACCAGCCACUCAGAUGACUCUGAAAACAUUCCACUUUGCCGGAGUCGCUAGCAUGAAUAUCACUCAGGGUGUACCAAGAAUGCGUGAGAUUGUGAACGCGGUCGCUCGAAUCAAAACCCCUCUGAUCACGGUCACUCUGACCGAUCCGUUCUCUGCCUCAUUAGCACGACAAGUCAAACUAGCGAUUGAGCCUACUCGCUUGGCCGACAUUUCAGUUAGUCUGCGUCAAUGCCUCACCCCAGAGGAUGUGUAUGUGGCAGUCACUUUGGACGAAAAACGCAUGGCUCGUCGUGGUAUCACAACUGCUCGUGUGGCUUCAGUGGUACAACAAACAAAAUUGCGCAAAGUUAAAUUGUCGCGCGUGACUUACUCGAAAAAUUUCGUCUACGUCUAUCCGGUUGAUUUGAACACUCUUGAGACGGUAGUUAAAGUGUUGGAGGAUAUCGUCGUCAAGGGCAUUCCUGGAGUGGCACGUGUUGUAAUCCAACAGGACAAAGAUUAUGAACAUAAGAUUUAUGUGGAAGGUGCAAAGUUGCGUGAGGUGAUGUGUGUUCCGGGCGUAGUUCCUGAGCGUACAUGGAGUAAUAAUAUAUUGGAGGUUGAACAAGUACUUGGUGUUGAGGCUGCUCGUCGUGUGGUCAUUGAUGAGCUUCUUUCUGUGAUGGAAGGUCAUGGAGUUGAGGUGAACAUUCGACAUGUCAUGUUGUUGGCAGAUGUCAUGACAAAUCGCGGUGAGGUAUUCGGUUAUCAACGCACGGGAAUGGCAAAGGCCAAGAACAGUGUUCUCUGUUUGGCUUCGUUCGAACGGACGGGAGAUCAUUUGUUUGAAGCGGCUUAUCACGGCCAGGAUGACAAACUCACAGGCGUAACGGAGAGCAUCAUUUUGGGAAAUCCGACGCGAUUGGGCACCGGGACAUUCGACUUGUUGAGUGAUCGAUAUCCUUUUAUUGGUUUCGGUUUGUAUCGGAAAAGGACAUCUUUACCAUAA